UGCGAUUGAAUUUCCAUGUUUGGCAUUGGUUUAUUCACUGGUUUUGGAUUCGAGAUUGGUUUUAAAUGAGAGUCGUUCCGAUGAUAAGGAGUCACAGGGUCUGACUAAAGGGGAAAUAAUCGAUUUUUAAUUGAUAAUUUUUAAUACAAGAGGAGAGAUUUCACUGAUAUGAAGGGAAAAUGCCACUAAUAAUUAAUAAGCCCCUCACAAUGCCUUAGUUAACAAUUAGACACUUGAUAAAGAUUACAUAUUACAUAUCUAAAUUUACUAAUUUCAGUGACUGGCUAAAUCAGAGAAAUUUUUUGGGAAAACAAUUCAACAACAACAAUUGGGUGUCACAAAAAUUGACCGUUAAAUUUCUAAUUUCCCUGUUUACAAUUAGAAAAUUUCUGACGUAAUUAGCAGUGAAUUGCAAAUAUUUAUCAACGGUAAAUGGAACGACAAUCAUCAUAACUGGUAAUCGAUAUUUCUCGCGGGUAUUUCCAGUAAUAUCGUUCCCCCCAUUUCGUCAGUGCUCCCCCCGUUUCUUCAACAGUAUAAACUAUAAUUGUAAUUGGGUAUUGGAGUCAAAUGAGAAGUUUAGCGACCUGAAGUCCGCCACAACCGGUUCGCGUCGACAGAGUGUGUCUUCGCAUUUGUAUAUCCAAUUGCCAGACCAUUUCAACAAUUCUUCGUCGCUGGUUUUAUGUGCGUUCUUCUGCGAGUUUUACCUUGUGGUUAAUCGAUCCAUCUUGUUUUGUUCUUCAUUGAAAAUGAAGCCGCCGAUUUGGAUUUUUCUCAGCAUUAUAGUUCUGGUUUCCACAGAAAAUCCAUCAGCUUAUGAAUCAGCUCUAAAAGCAAUAUCAAGCAUCGGAGUGCGCUUACAGGCUCUUCUUGAAGAUGGUAACUCCAACAGCAACUUCCUCGUCUCCCCCCUCAGUAUUACCACCGUCAUAGGUCAACUAAUGCUUGGUGCUGAAGGUCAGUUCCGUGAUGAGCUGUUCGAACUAUUGAAUUUGGGACCGACGGACGCAAACAAAAACUCGAUGUUGAACACCUAUACGGAAAAGAACAACGAAACAUCCCCCUUAGCUUAUUCCAAGUUCCAUAUGGAGAUGUACAGCCUGACGAAGACCUUGGAAAAGAGCGCGAAACUGUUCACUUUAACCCAAAAAAAUGCGGUGUUCUUCGAUAGAAAGCUGAAACUGACCAAGAACUUCCAGUCUCAUUCGGGUUUAUUUUACCACUCCGAAUUGACACCGCUGGACUUCACUAAAAAUCCAGAGGGAGCACAAAAGGUUUUGAACACGUGGGCUGAACGUCACACUCAAGGUUUGAUUAAGAACAUCUUUCCGGCACCUCCUUCAGUUCUGACGUCGGCCAUCUUCCUCAACGCCAUUUAUUUCCUGGCCGACUGGGAGAUCCCGUUCAGUGAUUUGCUCAACAAGGUUGGUGAAUUUAGAACUCAAGAGGACGCCUAUGUUGAUGUUACAUAUAUGUUGGGUGCUCCCGAAGGCAUUUUAUACACCGAAACUGACCAAUAUAAAAUGAUUGCUCUUCCCUAUAAAGACGGAGAGUUGGACAUGUUCAUGCUGUUGCCCAGAAAAGACUCGCCCUACAAGUACGACAUCAGAAAGUUCGCCGAAUCGUUAAAGGCCACGGACAUCGAAGACGCCAUCAAACAGGCGAAACUGAGAGACGUCAACGUGAAAAUACCUAAAAUGUCGUUAUCCAGCAGCGUUAGCGUGUUAGAACCCUUGCUGAGGUACAAGGCCAGAAAGGACGCACAGAGCAACCAAAAAGAACCGGCACCGGAAGACACGAACUCAGUAAACGUGACAAAAAUAAGCAAAGAAUCGUAUCCAGAAAUCCUUUUAACAGGUGCCGUGGAGAACGGUAACUUGAGGAUAAGUGACAUAAUCCAAGAGAUGGUGUUCUCAAUCAACGAGAAGGGCACCGAAGCUGCAGCUGUUGCCUUGGGUUCCAUACAGUACAACGGCGUUCAGAAGCAAUUUUUCGCCGACAGACCAUUUGUGUUCUUCAUCAGGCACAGAUCUACCACUGCCACUUUGUUCUGGGGCACCAUUUCCAACCCAAGCGGGUAAUUUUUACUGUGAGACUGUUUUAAUAUUUAUUAUAGGAGAUAGAUUGUAAUAAACAUUAUU